CCCAAGUGUGUAGCACCUAUCGACGUGCAUGAUUUGCUUUAUCAAUAGUAUGGAAAAAGAAACAUGUGAUUUAUAUCAGCAAAGUGUGUAGCACCACCCAUGGACGUGCAUGUAUUUGGCCUUCUUGCCUAUUGCCUUGGUCUCAUUUUCGACGGCUUCUCCUCCCUUGGCUCUCUGCUGAGUGCUGACGAGGUAAGCAGUAAGCACGCACGCUUUCUUUCCUCGUUCCUCUAACCAUCCCCCCUCGUUCCCCCAACCACCCCCCGAGCUAUUCUCCCGAUGCUAAUGCUACCAAGUACCAACCAUGGAGGCAGAUAGAUAGAUUAUCCCUUUCCUCUCUAGCGCUUGUAGGAGCAUCAGGAGCUUAUGCCUUCUUGCACGCUGCCGUCUGUCAAGUGAGCAAUUCGUCGAACACCUUAUGGGCAUCGGUCAACGCCAAAUCUGGGGCAGUUGAUCCAUGACCGUCCCUGUCGUUGUUCUCACGAUGAAUUCGGUUGUUGGUCUCAGCGAUUGAACCCCGUUCUUUUCCUUGCACACUGAAACCCGAAAUCGCUUCUUGCUAAUCGGACAGCGCGGCGGCUGUUUUUCUGGGCUGUUAAUUGAUCUUGCUUAGAAAUAAUACCAUACAGCAGUAAGGAGAAGUCAAAUAUGGCAGAUGCGCUGUUUGUUGUUCUCAGAAAAGUUGCCCUUUCCCUGGGAGAAGGCGCACUGGUGAAGAUUGGCACGGAUGUGGUUGAGGCAGCGCCGAUCUUGACAGAUUUUGAGCAUGGCAUGAGACAGAUCGAGGGUGAGCUCUUGAUCCUGCAGGCCUUUAUUGGGCAGGUCCGAAUGCAGAAAGCCGGUGACAAGGCAUUUCACGCAUGGUUGGACCAGGUUAGAGAUGUCUCCCAUGAGGUGGAAGAUAUCGUUGACGAGUAUGCUUACCUUACUGCGCAAGACGUGGAUACAAGCAGCUUCUUCAAGAGAAAGUUCCAUCAGGUGAAGAACUUUGCGGCAUGGCAGAAGUUACCAGUCCGGAUCAGUCAAGUGGAAGCUCGGAUUCAGAGGCUAUCUGAAAUGAGGAAUCGUUAUGGGAUUUCUGUAGGUGAGCAAGACAGGAGUAGCAAGUUGCAGCAAUCCAAUCAACUCUCUGUGUCAGAUUCUGCUUACUUAACUGAUGACUCUGAAAUAGUAGGGCAUGCCGAGGAAAUUGGGAGACUGACACAAUGGUUACUUGAGGAGAAACAAGACCGAACUCUAAUAGCCAUCUUCGGUAUGGGAGGUCUAGGUAAAACUACCGUUGCAAGCAGUGUCUACAAGAACCAAAAGAUCAGGAGAGAUUUUGAUUGUCAUGCGUGGGUUACUGUAUCUCAGACUUACCAAGUUGAAGAGCUUCUGAGAGAAAUCAUGAAUCAGUUAACAGAGCAGAGAUCAAGUUUGGCAAGUGGCUUCAUGACCAUGAAUCGCAUGAAAUUAGUUGAGAUAAUACAGAGCUAUUUGCGUGACAAAAAAUAUUUCAUUGUCUUAGAUGAUGUAUGGGAGAAAGAUGCUUGGUCAUUUCUGAACUAUGCAUUUGUCAAAAACAACUGCGGAAGUAAAGUGCUGAUAACAACCCGGAGAAAAGAUGUGUCUUCUUUGGCAGUUCACAAUCGUGUAAUUGAACUUAAAACUCUUAACUAUGCUGAAUCAUGGGAACUAUUCUGCAAAAAGGCGUUUUUUGCAUUGGAGGGCAACAUAUGUCCUAAGAAUCUCACAUCUUUGGCAAAGAAAAUUGCUGAUAAGUGUCAAGGAUUGCCAUUGGCUAUUAUAGCCAUCGGAAGUAUCCUAUCAUACCAUGCAUUAGAUGAAUGGGAGUGGGCAUUUUUCUACAACCAACUUAAUUGGCAGUUAGCUAACAAUUCAGAGCUAAGCUGGAUCUCUACUGUCUUGAAUCUGAGCUUGGAUGAUCUCCCAAGUCAUCUGAGGAGCUGCUUUCUAUACUGCAGCCUAUUUCCUGAAGAUCACUGGAUUAAAAGAAAACAGAUAGCCAAGUUAUGGAUUGCGGAAGGUUUUGUGGAAGAGAGAGGGGAUGGGACAACAAUGGAGGAAGUUGCUGAGCAUUACCUUGCAGAGCUAACUCACCGUUCUCUUCUUCAGGUCAUAGAAAGGAAUGCAAAUGGAAGGCCAAGAACAUUUGUUAUGCAUGAUCUUGUGCGGGAAGUAACCUCAAUAACUGCUGAAAAGGAAAAGUUUGCGGUUAUACACGGCCAUGUUGGUGCAACCCAACUUUCCCAUAAUGCCCGCCGCUUGUGCAUCCAAAACAGUGCACAUUCCCAAAACUAUUUAGGAAAUUCACAUCUCCGGUCAUUCAUUUUGUUUGACAGUCUAGUACCAUCUUCCUGGAUAUAUGAUGUCUCAUCACAUUUCAGACUGCUGAGGGUCUUAAGCUUAAGAUUUACCAAUAUUGAACAAGUGCCAUGCAUGGUCACAGAAUUGUAUAACUUGCGUUAUCUGGAUAUUUCGUACACAAAAGUCAAGCAGAUACCUGCAUCAUUCAGAAAACUCGUGCACCUUCAAGUUUUAGAUCUCAGAUUCAGCUAUGUGGAGGAGUUGCCAUUGGAAAUAACUAUGCUAACUAAUUUACGUCAUUUACAUGCUGUUGUAGUUCGUGAUUUUCAAGAAAGAUCACUGAAUUGCUUCAGUGCUACAAAAAUUCCUGGCAAUAUUUGUGGUCUAAAGAAUCUUCAAUCUUUACAUACGGUUUCAGCUAAUAAUGAUCUGGUUUCACAGCUAGGAAAGUUGACCCUUAUGAGAAGCUUGACUAUAAUGAGUGUGCGGCAAAGCUACAUUGCAGAGCUAUGGAACUCCCUGACAAAAAUGCCUAACCUGAGUGUCCUGAUUAUUUUUGCGUCUGAUAUGGAUGAGAUUCUUGACUUGAGAAUGCUGAGGCCCUUACCUAACCUUAAGUUCUUCUGGCUGGCAGGAAAGAUGAUGGGAGGCAUGCUCCCAUUGAUAUUCAAUAAGUUUGAAAAGCUAACACGGUUAAAAUUGGACUGGUCUGGUCUGAAUAAGGACCCUAUAAGCUCCUUCUCUUACAUGUUAACUCUAGUUGAUCUGUGGCUGUUCGGGGCAUAUUAUGGGGAACAUUUAUCUUUUUGUGCAGGAUGGUUCCCCAAUCUCAAAACUCUUCAUAUUGCUGAUAUGGAACAUCUGACUCAAAUUAAGAUAGAGGAUGGAACAAUGAUGGGUCUACAUCAUCUGGAACUUGUUGGUUUAAGGAAUAUGAGGGUAGUACCUAAGGGUAUCAAGUAUAUUAGAACACUCCGUCAGAUGUUUCUGACUGAUAUGCCAAAGGAGUUGGUUGAAAGCCUGCGAGGAAGUGAUAGUCACAUUGUUCAGCAUGUUCCUAACAUCCAUAUUUUUGACUCCACUGAUUCUGAAGCAGUAAAUAACUUCAUAUUUUGGCCUUAUCUUGCCAAGAAGUAUGGCUCUGGUGCAACUAAGUAUGACCCAAGAAAAUGAGGAUCAUAUGGAACCUGGAAGAUUACCGGGAGGUUUCAGCAGUAAAUAUGCCUUUGAUUUAUAGAACCACCACUUGAGCAGCGAGCAAAUCAUCAAAUGUACUUGUUCAUCUUGGUGCAAAACUCUAGAUGAGUGUCUUUUGAGUAUACACUACUCAUGGAUUUUGGCCCUCCUACUGAAUGGUUUCCUACUGCCAAUAAUGAAUUAUUCGAGCAGAAUCCACCACCCAGACAUGGAGAACGAAACAUGUGGAAGCAAAAAGAUUGUACAUUGACUUAUAAAUGGGCAUCAGCUUGGUUGCCUGGACAAAAGCUUGUAGAACCAAAGAGGAAGGUCUCAGCAUUUUAAAUUGAUUUGAGAUAACAGAAUAAGGCUCUUCUUCUGAAAUCUGCGGAACAAGGUAGACAAUCUAACUUGGUCGGUCUUCUAUAAUUCUUCUGUGCCUCCACAUUUUAAAAGGCCAGUGGGAUCUUUUUGGUGGAGAGAUGUAAUGAGCUUAUCUGUGGAUUUCAGAGGACUUGUUUCUUGUAGUUUCGGUGACGGUACAUCAGUGAGUUUCUGGGAAGAUAUUUGGGAUAUGGGGCUGCUCAAGUUGGAAUUUCCUCAGCUCUUUUCAUUUGCCAAGGAUACAAAAAAUUCAGUGGCCACAUUCUUAUCAAGGGACAUUGAAAAUAAUUUCCUCCUGCCAUUAUCAACUGAAGCAUCUAUGCAGUUAACUGAGCUAGCUGGGAGGAUCCUAAAUAUCCAUGGCAUUAGUCAUGGUACAGAUGGCUGGACAUAUCAGUGGGGUUCCACUUUUAGUUGCAAGCAAGCUUAUUCAGCUAUACAGGGUAUCAUGACGAAGCAAGUUCAAUUUACCUGGCUUUGGAAAAACAGUUGCAGGGGCAAGCAUAAAUUCUUUUUUUUUUUUGGCUCCUCCUGGAGAGUAUCAAUACAAGGAACCUGCUGAAGAGAAAGCAUUUCACUUUGCCAUCUUAUAACUGUGUUGUUUGUCAAGGUAAUGUGGAAGAAACGGUGGAGCAUUUAUUCUUUGGAUGUCCGUACAGGAGUGCUGUUGGCCUUUGAUGAAUGUAAAGUGGCCUCAGAAUGUGUCACUUUUGGAUCGUUUUGGCUCUAGCUAAACCUGUUUUGGAUCUCUGAUUUUUCUAGAGCUCGUCAUUGUGGCUGCCUGGUGCAUUUGGACCAUGAGAAACAGUAUUAUUUUUUA